AUGACAACAUCAACAACAAGCAACAAAGGGGACUUUGAAUACCACCAUAUCCUGGAACUGCAGCUGACGGCGGUCAACCUGGAGCAUCCGUCCUUGGGGCUGCGAGGGCUGUUCCAAAGCCAUAAGCCGCUGAACCCGACCUACAAGUUAUUUGCGUUUCGUCCCUCUGCAGCAGAUCAGGAGACUUCAUCGGAUGCCAAAUCUUCAUACCAUAUAGUCUUCAGGUCUGAGACCAUCCGGGACACCCACAACCCAGUCUGGAACAAACAUGAAUUGGAUCUGGAGCUAUUGGUGUCUGAUUCUAUGUCAAUGGCAGGGUUUGACAUGUUCACCCCUGUGAAGAUUGAAGUGUACGACAAGAACAUGGAUGACGGGGAAGAAAUACUGAUAGGGGAAUGUGAGACUACGCUCUUUGACUUGGACGGCUUCAAUGAUGCGGUAAUGCACGGUGAUGCGGGCGGCAACAGCUCUUUCGCGACGUGCUUUUCCGUCAAGGACAGUUGGGGCAAGCCCAUGGGGUCUCUUCUCCCUUUGCAUGCACGCAUAAGAAAAGAACAAGUCCCUCUACCGGCUGGAGAGAUCCAGGUUCCACUCAAGACAAGAAAGAUGCGUAGAAUGCCAAUGCCAACCAGGAAGGGCUGGGUGGAAGACGACUCGGUUACAGUUGAUUCCUCCACCACUGUUUCAACCAUGGCGAGUCUGCAGUCAGAGACAUCCAACCUACGAGCUGAAAACGAACACUUGAAGGACAGAGUGGCCCUGCUGGAGGCCGGCCUUACGGAACAAAAGGCAGAAGCCGAGCUGGCGGGCAGCUUGGCCGUGAGUCUCGAGGAAUUGAGGCAAGAACUACAUUCCCUCAAGGCUGCUUAUAAGGAUCUUCGGGCGCAGCAGGAGCAGAGUGUCAAGCGCAGCAGCGGCAAAAGCAGACGAGUUGAGAAGAAUGAGAAAGAGGGUGGCAGUAGGAAGAAAAGAGAUGGCAGCAAGUGCAACAAGCCAAAGAAAAUCAACAAGGGGAUCCCAAGCCCUGAGUGCCAAGAGGUUGUAGCAGCCGCAAGAGCCAGGAGUGAAAGCUGGGUAUCCUUUGAGGAGGCUUGGGAUGAAAAUGCCGGAACUGCACCUGUUGAGGUUGAGACAAAGAAGGACAACAAGGUCAAGGCAAAGAAGGACACGAAGCAGAAGGGUAAGGAUCGUGUGGUUCAAGAAAUCCACGAAAUCCUGGCAAUUACCAUGUCAAAACAGCAAGAUAAGAUUCCUCUCGUGAUGGAACAAUUCAAAGGACGAGAAAAGGACUUCCUGAAGAGGCUGCAACGUUCCCAGCGCAAAGGAAUCGAAUCGGCUCAUCACCAAAAAUAG